AAUAAAGGCUGCGGCGCGCGGCUGCGCGGGACUUGGCCUUCUGGGCGCGCGCGACCUGCUUUUCAGAGUUCUGUGUUCUCCCUGCCCGUUUCCCGCCCGACCCUCGCCCGCGAUGCUGGCGCUGCGCUGCGGCCCCCGGUGGCUCGGCCUGCUCUCCGUGCCGCGCUCCGUGCCGCUGCGACUCCCCGCGGCCCGCGCCUGCAGCAAGGGGGCCGGCGACCCGUCUUCUUCCUCCUCCGGGAACCCGCUCGUGUACCUGGACGUGGGCGCCGACGGGCAGCCGCUCGGCCGCGUGGUACUGGAGCUGAAGGCAGAUGUCGUCCCAAAGACAGCUGAGAACUUCAGAGCCCUGUGCACCGGUGAGAAGGGCUUUGGCUACAAAGGCUCCACCUUCCACAGGGUGAUCCCUUCCUUCAUGUGCCAGGCGGGCGACUUCACCAACCACAAUGGCACAGGCGGGAAAUCCAUCUACGGAAGCCGCUUUCCUGAUGAGAACUUCACACUGAAGCACGUGGGGCCAGGUGUCCUGUCCAUGGCUAAUGCUGGUCCUAACACCAAUGGCUCCCAGUUCUUCAUCUGCACCAUAAAGACAGACUGGUUGGAUGGCAAGCAUGUUGUGUUCGGUCAUGUCAAAGAGGGCAUGGACGUCGUGAAGAAAAUAGAAUCUUUUGGCUCUAAGAGUGGGAAGACAUCCAAGAAGAUUGUCAUCACAGACUGUGGCCAAUUGAGCUAAUCUGUGGCCAGGGUGCUGGGAUGGUGGCAGCUGCAAAUGUCCAUGCACCCAGGUGGCUGCCUCGGCUUUCAGCCAAGGUGCCCAAAAUGAUACCUGUGCCCACUCCACCGUCACGGUGUGCCUGAGGAAGGCUGCUCAGGGAUGUCGGACCUCGGCCAGGACCCACCACACUGCUUCCUAAUACCCACCCUUCCUCACGACCUCAUUUCUGGGCAUCUUUGUGGACGUGAUGUCACCCACCCCUCGUCAAGCAUUGCCUCUGAUUGCCCAACCCAGAUUCAUCUGUGCCUUGGACGUGGUGGUGGUGAUGGGUUAGCAUCCAAGUGAAGGCCUUUUCCUUGACCAAGGGGGACAGUCAGUUUUGCAAAAGGACUCUAGUACCUGUUUAAUGUUGUCUUCCUAAUUGGGAUAAUUUAAUUAACAAGAUUGACUAGAAGUGAAGCUGCAACACUAACUUCCCCAUGCUGUGGUGUGACCUGAGUUGGUGACACAGGCCACAGACCCCAGAGCUUGGCUUUUGAAACACAACUCAGGGCUUUUUUGAAGGUUCCCCCAGCUGAGAUCGUUCCUCCUGGUUACUGUGAAGCCCGCUGGUUUGCUGCUGUCAUUUCUGAGGAGGGCCCAUGGGGGUAGGAGCAUUUGAACCUGGGAACAAACCUCACUUGAGCUGUGCCUAGACAAUGUGAAUUCCUGUGUUGCUAACUGAAGUGGCCUGUAAGCUCCUGUGCUCUGGAGGGAAGCAUUUCCUGGUAGGCUUUGAUUUUUCUGUGUGUUAAAAGAAAUUCAAUCUACUGAUGAUGUAUUAUACAUAAAACGUUUCUGGAACAUGUAUUCGUGUUCACCUUAAAUGUGAAAAUAAAUCCUAUUUUCUAUGAAAGACUGGUACCUGGUUUCUGGAAGAGGGAUCUGUAACUUGGAGCUGAUCUUUACAGAGCUUGCCGUGGCGGUGCCAUGCUCAGGACGUUCAUGUGGACGGUUUCAUGUCAUCGUGCUGGCAACUUGUCCUCCCUGCCUUAGAAAUGAGGCUCAGACAAGCGACCUUAGCACCCACAGCCUGUGCCAUAAGCACUGGCUUCACCCUAAAUCCCAGCUCCUCCCCUUAGUGACCCUGAGUCUCAGUUUCCCUCAGCUGCAUAAGGAGGCAAUACAGUUUGAAUAUUUGUCCCCAGCCAAAUCUUAUGUUGAACUGUAAUCCCCGGUGCUGGAGGUGGGACAUGGUGCAAGGUGUUUGGAUCAUGGGGACAGGUCUCUCAUGGCUUGGUGCUGUUUUCUUGAUAGUGAGUUAUUGCAAGAUCUGGUCAUUUAAAGUGUGUAGCACCUCCCCCUGCCCCCCUCUUGCUCCUGCUUUCCCUAUGUGACAUGCCUGGUCCCCCUUCACCUUGUGCCAUGGUCAUAAGCUUCCUGAGGCCUCCCUGGAAGCCGAGCAGGUGCCAGCACCAUGCUUCCUGUACAUCCUGCAGAACCAUAAGCCAAUUAAACCUCUUUAAUAAUA